ACCCGCAUUUUAGGACUACACGCGCCUCUGCUUCUCUCUCUUCGGAGACCGAGUGCCAUACUGGAUCACCUUCAACGAGCCCUACACCUUUGCCACCAAGGGCUAUGCUGUGCGGGACUUUGCGCCUGGGCGCUGCUCCGACCGGCAGUGCUGUGCGGAGGGCGAUGGGGCGGUGGAGCCGUAUGUGGUGGUGCACCACAUGCUGCUGGCUCACGCUGCUGCUGUGAACUGCUACAGGACAGAGUUCCAG